AUGAAGGCCUUUGCUCCACCUCGAACGGCAUCCAUAUGCCACUUCUGUCGCCAGGCUAGCACGCGACAAGCUGCUGCACCAUGGGUCUCUUCAAGCCGCCUCAUUCAACAAUCUCGUCCUGUCUCUUCCACCUCUAUACGCACGCAAACCCGCCGUAGGAACCUCGGAUCGAAUCCUGUCUCAAGUCAAGAGUCGCGUAGAUGGCUUGCAUCAUCUGCCGUCCCCAUUGAAGGAGCAUCCUCAGCUGCCACUGGAAUUCCGCCGACUGAACCAUCACAACAAGACUUGUCUGACUACAAUGCACGAGUGCAAAAGUUGGCCAAGACUGUUCUCGACCACCCGGCCGUGCCUGCAGAGGAAGAUGUCUUAAAGGCCCUGACAGAGUUCAAUCUCAUGGCGACGAGGCUUGUCAAUACCAAAGAUACCCAGCAAAAGCCAACAACGAGUCAACCUGGAAAGACAGCCACUUCUGCACUACUGAGCAACCUCGACGCUCCUUCGAUGCCCUCCAUCACAAGGAUACGCCUUAUGGAUGCUCUGACUACAAACGCCUUCGACAUGCUCCUCUACGAUCCUGUCUUCAUUACUCCUCGCAUCCUCCAGCUCUACGUCGACCUGCAGUGCUUGUUGCAACGUCCUGAGUCCUUCCCUGCCGUAUUCACCCUCUACCGCGAGAAGCCAGUGCCACGACCCUCUAGCAAAGCCGAUCUCGUCACUUACGAUAACCCCAAUCCCAACAAGCCUGCUGCUGCUGUACAACCUGCUGUGGCUGACAUGGCUAUCGAUGCUGCAAUCGCUAGUCGCGAUUUGUCACUUGCUCUAGCAACCAUUGACGCCACUUACUGCACAACAGCAUACAAGCGCUCCAAGUUCUUGCGAAGCGCUCUCUUUCCUCUGACUGGUUUCCUGCUGACUCCACCCGCCGCUUAUACUCUCGCAACACGCUUCAGCGACUACCAGACCACAAUGGACCCUGCAAUGGCCACCAACAUUGCCAUGGCCGCUAUGAUGACAUAUAGUGUAUGCGUUGGUAGUAUUGGCUACGUUGCCCUUACUACUGCCAAUGACCAAAUGGUCAGAGUCACCUGGGCUCCUGGUGUGCCGUUGUGGGAACGUUGGGUGCGUGAGGAGGAACGAGCCGCUCUCGACAAGCUUUCCCAAGCUUGGGGUUUCGCAAGCACAGAAAAGUGGGGAGAGGAGGAAGGUGAGGAAUGGGACUAUCUCAAGGAGUUUUGCGGUCUGAGGGGAAUGAUGCUCGAUCGUGUGGAGCUCAUGGAUGGCAUGGAGUAG